AUGGAGCUGAUCCAGCGGUUCAUCCUGACGCCAGUUGAAGGAAGGACGCUGCAGGAGAACGCACAGGAGCACGGCCACCGUGAGCCACACACGCACUUCCAGGAGCAUUUUGAAUACGAACCAUUUCCAAGCAGGGAUGGGGAUGGUAGUAAUGAAAAUAGGGAAGAACUAACUGAAACAGGUGAGUUAGGUGAAUUGGGUGAGUCAGGUAGGUCAGAUGAAUUGGGUGAAUAUGGUACUACUCAUUCUACUACCCAUUCUACCACUCACAACCACCCUAUACACCCCCUUGAAGAGAGUCACCGUAUUCCAGCUGGAUCAAACACGUCAUUGAACAGUGGCCAGAAGACUGGUCCAGUUGCACCAGAUGCGCCAUUUACGAAGAAGGUCGAUGGAAAAGAGAGACCUGGUCCAACUGAGGAAGACCACGAGAAGAAGGCAGAGCAGAUGGGGAAGAUGGACGAGUUCGUGACUGGAAUGGGACAGGGCGCCUACGACAGGUCGAUGGAGCGUGGGCUGCUUCCUGAGGAGGCUGAAGCAAACAGGGCGGCUGCUCAGUCGUACGCCAGGGCGUACGAGGAGUACAAGAUGGACGGACUGAGCCCAGAGGAGGCGGACCAGAGAGCACGGUCGAUAUUCAAGGACAUGAAUUCGAUAGCACCAAACGGGGCUGACUUGUUCAGUGACCUGAAUACGCUUACGAUCAUAAACGAGUCGAGGGAGUCAGUUCCAUCUGGGACACUUGGGGAGAGGUAUCCAAGUGCGAUGCUGGAGAGCGAGGCUGCGCAUGCGAGGGACCGAGAGGUGAAGGAGGUCGAGAAGAGGAAGGACGCGGCCAACCUGGUUUCACACGCAUUGGAGCGAGACGGCGCCCUGAAGAAUCGGAUUCAGGAGGAGAUGGCUGCGGUGGUGGAGAAGCUGAGGGCGCUGAGGCGGAUGAAGGCGGACACGAUCGAGUCGCGGGUGGACUCGAACAACAACUCGCCUGGUGAGAUCGAGGAUCCGGCCGUGAAGGAGAGGCUGAAGACGGUGAGAGAGACGUACGGGCAGAUGGUGGCUGAGUCACAGGCGCCGCCUCGAAGGAGGAGUCUGAAGGACCUGACGAUGCAGAACGAGAAGGACGAGAAGAUGGCGGAGGAGAACAGGCGCGUCUACACGGAGCACGUGGAGGGGCGAAGGGCGGCAGCAGCUGCGCAGGAGCAGCGGGCGGCCGAGACGGCCGAGCGGAUCGAGAAGGAGGAGGCCGUGGAGAGGGCGAUUCCCGGUGGCUACGACAACGAGGCGGUGAACAGGACACUUUCUGAGUCGGCUGAGCAGAAGGCGAAUGAGCAGGCUGAGGCGCAGGAGCAGAUUGACGAGGUUGUUGCGACUGCUGGAGAGACGGCCUACCAGAACGUGAUGUCACUGGGUGGAAGUGUCGAGGAGGCAGAGAAGUCGCAGACCGAGGCAGCGAGGCUGAAGACCGAUCAGAUCAAGGAGGAGAUGGAUCAGAGGGUGGAUGAGAUCAAGGAGCAACUUGGGGAGCAGAUGGAUCCACAGACAGCCGAAUCAAUGGCAAGGCACAUUGUGACAGUUCACGAACUGAAAGAGGUGUUGAAGACGAUAGAGAGGGGGGGGUCAGUUGAUACUAGUAGUAAUACUAUUAGUAGUAAUAGUAAUACUACUACCAAUACUAGUAACACUACCAACAUUACUAAUAACGUGACUAUUAUCAGUGCUACGCCUGAUGAUGAGGGAACUGUUUCAUUGGAGCAUGUUGUGCUUACGCUACCACUUCCAGCAGAUGCAGAGCCAACUCCACGAACAGAGGCAGACCAGCAGAACGAGGAGAUCGUGGAAGAGAGGAGAGAGACGUACAGGAAUACGCGGGUUGAUACGGGUGGGAAGCCAUUCUACACCGGUCUACCUGAAUUAGUGGGAGAAGAUGGGUCUACCACAAUUCUGAGUGAGGGACUCCACAAAAUAAUAGUAGGAAAGGGGAGAAUUGAGAUGGACGAGAAUACGGUGGAGCAGAUGAGGAGCUUGGAUCUGAUGGAGAGAGAUCGGCCCCAACUGUGA